UAUUUCCCUGUAAACUCUUUAUAUAAGCAUCUCUUUUCCCUUUUCCUUUCUUCACAUAUUAUAGUACUAUUCAACAUGGAAAACUCCCAACAACCUCUUGCCACAGAGAGUUUUUCAUAUAGCUGGUUGUUGAACAGAAAACCUUCCAUUGAUGGCCUAACAGAAUCCCCUAGACCCUCUUAUAGUAGUGAUGAUGAGGAACACAUAAAGUUCAUCGCUUAUUCGAAAAGAUUCCUGGAAGAAGCCCAAAACUUCAACUUUGAUGUUCAUCCUGUUUCUGAAUCUGUCCAUGCUGAUGAAAUUUUCUCUGAUGGACACAUCAUGCCUCUGUAUCAUGAUAGAUCAAAGAUUGAAUCUUUUCAAGAAACCUUCAAUAAUUUCAAUACUUCAUCAAUUUCCACACCUAUCUCUACAGUUUCUUCUGGAACUAGCCAAGCUGAUUUUCUUGAAAAAUGGAGGAAAUUUUCUGGCAGAAUCUUGGUUAAGUGGUAUAGACUCAUCAAGCCAUUUUGUAAAAAUUUAGGAAGUUCAAGAAAAAGCACUGCAAAAGUUGAUGAUCUUCAAAGAAAAGUAAGUGAAAUUCAAAGCCGCAAGAAUACUACUGCUGAUUCUUCAUCAUUUCAGGGAUCUCCUCGUCGAAUGAUGAAAUCUUAUUCUGUUGUCGAUUGGGCUGGAAAUGGUAACGACCGAAGAAGUACUAGUACUAGUAAAGUUAAGAGUUUGAGAAAGGUGAAAAGCUGGAGCAAUAUUAAUUCACCACAUGCUUAUUCCCCUAUAAAAAGUCCUUCCACUGAUCAUUCUACUGAUGUUUGGCGCGAUAUGGAGAACGCGAUUUCUGAUGCAAUUCUGCACUGUAAAAGAUCACUGGAGCAAUAUUAAUUUCAUCCUUCUUUUCUUAGAUGUAUAUUUAGAUUUUCGUCCCUUGAUACAAAUAAUUUAUCAUGUAUCACUCAGAUUCAAUAUUUUGUACAUUCUGAGGUGAAAAAAGAAAAACAAGUUGUGGUUAGGACUUACAUCUAUCUUAUUAUGUGUAGACAAUCUUAAUAAUAUUUUGGUACUCUCUUA